AUGAUGGAGAAGAAUGCGAAUGCGGAUGACGCGAAGCAGAGGAGCAGUAGUCAGCAGCUGGUGAUGCUUCAUGCUCUUUACCUUGUCCUCACGAGCGCGCAGUCAAGCAAUGAAAGCGUUUCCUUUGAUGAUGAAUGUUUGAUUGGGCGAGAUGUGCCACCAGUCAUCGGCAUGGAGGUUGAGUUCUCGGAAGCCUUCCUCAAGUCUAAGUCGAUCAUCGACCUUCACACGGUCAUGCGAAAAGGAAAACUCUUGUCGGUGAUCGAGACGCCGCUUGGAUACAAGUGUGACAUCGAGUGGAACGACGGGAGCGUGCAGCGAGAAGACGCCGGGUUCAUGAAUCGUUAUCAUCUCUCGCACUUGCCAGCUGUGAAAUCGAGUCCGAGAGUCAUGGAGCAGAGCAAACAAGAGCGAAACGUCGGCUUGAGCAAGCUGUCUAUGCUCAGCAAGGCAUUCGUCCUCUUCACCGCAUCUUUGACUUCCGAGACGACGAGGAGGUUGUAUGAUUCUGCUGACUUGUGCUGCAGAUCACGAUGGGAAGGUCGAAAGGAAGCGAAGACAGUAGAGCAGGUAGAGCAGGUAGAGCAGAUCAUGUUCGCGCUGCAAGGGAGGAAGUAG